AAACUUUAUUUCAAAUUCUUGUUCAAUAUUUGAGUGUUUUACGAUAUGUGCUGUUGCCUAGGCAAAACCCGAUUCCUGCGAGGGCUUCAUGCCAUUCAUCAAAAAGAAUAUGUGAGGUUUAUUAAAUUCGCAAUUAACCUAGUCUGGUAAAUAAACACACGUUGGAAAAUAAAAGCAAGCUGUAUACAGUAUCAAUAUUCCCAUAAUAUUCAGUAGUACAAACUUCUAUAAGGAGAAUACUAGUCAAUAUUAACAAAGCAAAGACGGUGAAUGUUAACUUCCAAACAAUGGCAUACUUUUUCAGCAAUAACCUGCUCUUGAUUUUAAUAGGCAUAGCGGAAAUUUUAGAAAUCAUUCAAGGUUAUCAACUUGGACAAUGGUUUAUUGAAGUACAAUCUGCAAAGUUAUCUAGCAGUGAAUCUCAAACAAUCACUGAAAUUAAUAUCACUGGUACUUAUAGUAGCGCUUGUGCAAACUGGUGUCUGAGUUGGUCGACAUGUCACUCAUUUGUUUUCAACGAAGAAUUGAAUCAAUGUAUGAUAUAUCCAACAAGUGCCGCAACUGAAUCUUUGGUACCAGUAAAUGGUUAUAACUAUUACCAACUUAUUAAAUACAACAAAGAAAAAAUUAUGUCUAUUUUGGGCGCUUCAUUUGCCGAAAAAUACUCGACCCAGAGAUUCUACUCCACUCUACAGGAAUGCAAAUUAUUUUGUCUGAAACAAGCACUGUGUUCAUCAUUUACCUUUUGCCAAACAGAUGGAUUGUGUCUCUUGAGUAAUCUGACGUUUUCUCAAUUAAAUCUUGAAGCCAAAAACUCAAGAUGGAGCAGUUAUCAACUUAAAGGAAAGCAGUCAACAGGAAAUCCAAUACUACCUACAACACAGUCUUCCUUACAGAAUGGAGAAGUAAUGACCUCCUGGAAGCUGCAGUUAUUCAGAACGUCUGAUGUUAUUAUGAAAUAUGGCAUUCUUGUACAAAUACAAUCUCGUACAAUUUUUGUAUUUGACACACGAAGAAAUUCUGUUGUAUCAAACGAUGGAGGACAACAAAUUGUUGUUGAUACAUUCACUUUCCAAAUGUUGACAAGACAAGGAAGAUUGAAAAGUUUCUUACUUUGGUGUUUGCAACAAAUAGAUGUAAAUGAUAAUUGCAUUGGGCUAGAAGUUAGCUUGAUUGUGCUGACUAAUUUGAAUACAGGACAAGUUUAUAGCAGUGUGUUUAAUAAAGAGCUGACACCUAUUCCAAGUACUGUUUAUGUUUAAUAAAAUAUAAUAGACAUCGCAA